CGAGUGUUUGUUGUGUACUUGUGUAAGCACUCCUAACCUCAGUUAGUUGGUUACUUCAAUUUGUCAUACCGACCACGCGGCCCGAGUCCUCGCGCUUUCCCGCUUUUGGACCCUCCGCGCUUUCCCGGCUCUCAUCACGCCCCGGCGACGCACGUUAUCAGUGAUUCGGAUUUUGUGACAGUGGCACGGUUUUUGUGUGCGAGUGUGUGAUUGUGGAAUUCUGUGAUCCGUGUUUGACUUGGAGUUUGUUCGUGCUGUGGAAAUUCCACGCGGAGCCUCGGCGAAUUUAGUGUUGCUCGUUGUUUGGACCGGUUUAAUUUUUCGCACAGGGACUAAGGACUAAAAAGGAUUGCUUUGCUUCAGGUGGAGAUACGCAGAACCGUCAUUAUGAAGUUCCGAUUAACUGAUCUCAAGUUGGUGAAGAGUCGCCUGAAAUGGAGUCUGAUCUAAGAUGCCAUGGCCGCACUGGCUGGGGCCUCUCGCCUUCCUCCCACCGACUGCCCAGCGUGAUCGCCGCUUACUCUCAUUCACCCCUGCAGUGUCCUGCCGUUUCUUAGCGCCGAUUUAUCAUUCCCAUCGAAUUGUGGAGUAUGAAGAAAAUCUUAAAAAUGAGACACAUUUAACAGCGGGCAAGACGUUGACACAAUGAUCUCAAUAAGUUAUUCUCAAAAUCUCUGCUGCUCAUUUUAUGGUUUACUGACGUUUUCCUGAUAAUGGCAUUAUUUGAGCAUAUUCAUUGUCCUUUCGUGUUGAGAUUUAUAACUGCACUGCGAAACAAAGUAUUCACAUUCACGUGAUAAGACGUAAAGGCUAGAGAAAGACCUGUAACACAUUACGCAAGACCAGAGAUAGAGAAUCACUCACAUUUUAGCACGGAGUUGAAUGAUGGAUGUAUCAGGAAAUUUUCAUGGGGAAGAUUAUAACAAGCAGGAUUUUUUAGACUUCAUAAUGACGCCCGGACUAAACGAGGAAAACCUAGUCUCAGCAGAUUUCAGUAAUAAGCAACUCAAAAACUUCGGCUUGUUCUACGACAAUUUUGAGAGCUUGAAUGAAAACAAAGAGUCGAAGCAAAAGACGGACAAUGGGAGAAAGAACUCAGGGGCAGGGAGCAAUGAGAAAGAAACGAACAAUAAUCACCUUCUGAUGGGUUCAGACUCAGGUGUAAACUACUCGUCCUACUGGGGCAAUAAAGAAGAAAUGAUGAAAUGGGACACGACGAUGUUAGUGGAUGAAAUUAAUAGCUGGAGCAGUCCCAUGAAUGACGUCCAAGAUGCCAACUGUGAUAACAAUACAGAUGGGUCCAUCUACACACUCACAGUGCUGAACAAUCCGACUUCGAAUAGCCUCCUCUCAGAGGACACCAACAAGGCAGUGCCAUCAUGGUACCGCGAUGCGCCUGAAGUUCACAGUAUUAAUGCUCAACCAAAUGAAAAAAGUGAGAACCAAACGUUACAUCAGACUGCCAACAGCGACAUGCUGGUAAUAGAAUCUCUGUUGAAUAUCAUGCCUAAUACUAGCAAUGCCUCACAAAUAAAUGUUCCUACAAGUGAUAGCAAUUUAAAGGAUAAGAAGAGCACGCCCAACCCUCCAAACGAUCCCUCGUUUGAACAGAAACUGAAAAGUACAAAAAGUCUCAACGAUAACCACCAGAUUAUCGGAGAAGAGGACAAUUUCUACGCUAGGAAUUCAUCAAAUGUAAAUAAAAUCAUUUUAGAAAUGAACCUAAACGAAAAUGAAGAGAGGAAGAAGAGUUCUAGCCAAAACUUAGCUGUGAAAUCGGAAUGGAUCGAUCUUGAGUCGAACAUUUCUACUGAUCUGAUCAACAAUUCGUUGCUGCGAAACGCGCUGCAAGGCAAGAGUCUCUUGCGAUACAAUGCGGUUGCUGACAAGGAAAAAGCCAAUGAAUAUUCUACUAAACUUGCACACCCACAAGUAAGUAGCAAUAGCGGAAAUAGUAAUAACUGUUUGAAUCAGUUCGGCCUCGAUGAGAGCAGAGGUAUAAAAAUAGAAGAAAGUCAGAUAGGAACAAUGUCGCCGACAACUGCGGAACAUAGGGCAAUACUACUUUACAAUAACCAACCAACGCCUGAAGAUGAUCGGUUGUGCAGUAGGAUCGGUAUUCUAGACAGCGGUUCUGAGAGUACGAAUGUAGACGAUAUUUUUCUUUCUCACCUCGACAGUUCGGUAGCUUUUCCCGAAGACUACGAGAAACUGAAGAGUAUCGAGAACGAAGUAGCUGAAUCUGUGAGUCUCAACUCUCCAUACUAUUUUAGCAAUAAUGGUAGCAGUAAUGACCCAACCUCAAGUAGUUCCAGCUGGCAUCCAGGCAUGAUUCCGCCCAACUCGCUCAUGAGCCCGAUUUUCCCGCACAACCAAGUUCCUAAUUUAGAAAUAGCCUCUACGACAUCUCCUGUAAUAAAUAGCGGUUAUCAUACACCGGGCGCCAGUAUGCAAAAGUCUAGAAAGUACAAGCGACAGCCCGCAUCGAGCAAGAGCAGUACCGGCCCCACCAACUCUCUCAAAUCUUCGAAUGUGACCAACCCCUCUGCUGGUCUCCGCAAGGAAAGGUCUCUGCACUACUGUAAUAUAUGUAAUAAAGGAUUUAAGGAUAAGUAUUCUGUAAAUGUACAUAUUCGAACACACACCGGGGAAAAACCUUUUUCCUGCACAUUGUGUGGAAAGUCUUUCAGACAAAAAGCUCAUUUGGCCAAGCAUUAUCACACCCAUCUGACGAACCAGGGACAGUCCAAGACGAACCAUGCGAACAACUCGCCAAACAAUGGUAGUAAAAAUAGCUGAUAGUAGAGCUAAAAUCCGAGUCCAUCCUUUGAAUCGAAAUUGUUAACAGAUCUAUAAAUUGAGAAUCAAAAUACUCGAAUACCAAAAUACCAAAAAGACACUACAUGACAAGUCCCAAAUAGAACGUUCAGCAAUUGUCGAAAAAGGCUGAAUGCAACUUGAAUUCUGCCUACUUUUAUCAUUUAUUUGUAACUCUGCAUUCUGCAUCUAAACCGGCUAAACAGUAAUCUCUACUUUGAGACUUAAACAAUAAAGGAUACCGUACUUACAGACAUUGGAAAGUCUGUUCUCUCAAACAUUUUUGAUAGGUUACCAACAAAAUUUGUUUAAGAAAAGUGAUAGUUCUUUACUCCCUGUUCAUGAUGCCAUUUUUGAGAUUUUGAGCAGGGAAAGUGCACUUAAAGCCCAUCGAUUGUAUGCCAGUUGGCACAACAUCAGCGAUUAGGGAUGAGAUUGUGAUUGCAAUGACCGAGAUUUUCGAAUACCGGUGAUCGAUUACUGUGAUUAGCUAAGUGACUGGGAACACUUGUUUUUCUGCCUAUUUUGUAAACCUUUUGCAUUUUUAUUCAGAAAUUUAUUUUCAAAUGUAACAGUGUAAUAACUUACAUGACUGCGUUUCAAAGAUGCAAUAAAAGUUAUUGAAUAAGUUAGCACAAAGGUAUUUAAUUAUCACGGACGAGUGCACUGCGAUUACAAUUAAAGUAGCAGGUAGCAGGAGUAACAAGUACCAACGGCAAUGAUGUUGUUUUUUAUAACUUUAGCUGAUGAGCAGAGUAGACGAAUAUUUUACAUGACAUUUCCGUAAGUCAAAGAAACAGCAUCAACAAUUAUAGAAAAAUCGAGUUAUUUGCAUUUUCGACUUACUUGCUAAAAGAUCUACGAGUAUAAAAAACUUUGUUAUGAUAUCUAUCACCAGGCUCAAGAUACAGGGUAUUUGCAUUUGUAAAAUACACUGCAGGCAAUGGAGCUGUCAAAUGGUUUCCCUCUGAUUUUCCGAAAAUGUUGUUACAGUUCUUUGGCCCUAAACCACAGAUUUCUUGGGGUAAACUGUGAUAUUAACCCUACAUCACUGCUUAUCACAACUUAAAUUUUGUGGAGAGGGUUAAAUACGUUUUGGCUUCCUUCAUUGAGUAUCAUGGUAAUGAGCUAACUUCCAGACUUCCUAUUGUAAAAUUAAUUUUUCUCACGCAAUUUUGGGGAGAAAAAAUGUUACAUGGUACUUAAAUUCAUACUUGUCUGGCAGCUCUCUUGCCGCAGGUUUCAGAAUUUUUUUAUUAACUGCAUAACAGAAGAUUAAAAAAUUUAAAACGUGAGGACUUUCGAGCAUUUUAAGUACGGAAUCCUUUUGUUGACUCUUGAUAAUUUGAGCAUGGGUGUUUUUGAUAAGAAGAAACCAAACUAAAUUGACACAGUUUCCAGGGAUAUCUCUCUUUAAAAAGUGAAAAAAACUAAAGAUAGCAAUACCUAGAAAUAAAGUGAUAACGACGUUGUGAUAUAAGGGAAAGUCCGAAUAAAAUUUUCGUACUUCAAAGUCAGCACUGACUUCAUAGCACUACAUUGACAGCUUAAAUCACUGUUAGCCCAACUGCCUGAAACAAGCUGCAUUACAUACCUAUUGCCCAAUUUCUUCUCAUAUUAAUUUUUUUUUGACAGGUAUCUUUUCUCCGAACAGUUGAUAUAAAAAAUGUUUAUUAUUAUUGAUUUUCUUUCGGAAACCUCACCAAAAUGGCUCUAGGUAGUAGAUGCAGUCUAUUAUAAUUUUUAAAGAAAGAUGGAGUUCCUGUGUCUUUGUAUCAACCAAAGGUCAACCUUGCAUAAAGAAAUCACACACCUGUUAUUUUAAAUGCAGUAUUUACUUGGAGAUAACAGACAUACAUAGAGCUACUCCUUCGCCUGCUUAAUGAAACUAUGCUUGCACGACAAGACAAGACAUAGCCCUAUCUUUACCAUGCAAUAUACAGGGAUUCGAUCACUCAUCGGGCUGCUUAAACUUUCCAUAAUCAGCCCUCUCAUCAGACUUGGGUGAUACUCGACUAAUACAGCAAGAAAUUGAUCA